AUGGCUAAGGAGCAGGAGGUAAGUGUGGACCAAUGUGCAAGACAAACUGAAAGAAGGGACCGGAAAAGGACGGAACACAGAAACAAAGAGAAAUUUGGUGGAAGCAAAUCACUACACUCAGCCAUCACUUCCACUCUUGAGUUUUCAAAAUAUCAGAAAAACGGAAAGGACCGGCAAGUUGGCAAACCCCAAACUGGAACCACCGUCUGCGUCCUGGGAUCUCUACAGUCCACGACCCCAAAUCAAUUCGACCGGGAAGUACAGGGCGUUCCGGCCGGGGGGAGGGGAGGGGACCAGGCUGGCGCCGUCGCGCAGGGGGUGGGGCCCGGAAAGUCCCUGGGCGCCUGCCAGGAACACUCAGCUCAUAAUAACCGCGCGGAAAACACCGCGGCCUCGGCCUCCAGAAACCCCGGCCUUGCGCAAUCCCCGCAGCCCGGGCCCCACGCAGCGUACUCACCACCCCCGGGGGUUUCCCUCUUCGCCCUCAGGUUCCUGCACUUGGCCAUCAUCCACGAAGAGAAGGUGCUGACCAUGGAAGUGAUCCGCCAGGUGAAGGGAGACCAGGCCUUCCUCAACUUCCAGAACAACCUGCAGCAGACUCCACUGCACUUGGCUGUGAUCACCAAGCAGCCUGAAAUUACUCAGGCACUUCUGGAAGCUGGCUGUGAUCCUGAGCUCCGGGACUUUCGAGGAAACACCCCCCUACACCUUGCCUGUGAGCAGGGCUGCCUGGCCAGUGUCGGAGUGCUAACACAGACCUGUACCACACAGCGCCUCCACUCCAUCCUGCAGGCCACCAACUACAACGGCCACACAUGUCUGCACUUGGCCUCCAUCCAUAGCUACCUGGGCAUCGUGGAGCUGUUGGUGUCCUUGGGCGCUGAUGUCAAUGCCCAGGAACCCUGCAAUGGCCGGACUGCCCUCCACCUCGCAGUGGACCUUCAGAAUCCUGACCUAGUGUCGCUCUUGUUGAAGUGUGGGGCUGAUGUCAACAGAGUCACCUACCAAGGCUACUCUCCCUACCAGCUCACCUGGGGCCGGCCAAGCACCCGGAUCCAGCAGCAGCUGGGCCAGCUGACCCUCAAAAACCUUCAGAUGCUGCCUGAAAGCGAGGAUGAGGAGAGCUAUGACACAGAGUCAGAGUUCACAGAGGACGAGCUGCCGUAUGAUGAUUGUGUGUUUGGAGGUCAGCGCUUGACCUUAUGAGCAGAAGGUAUCAAGAAGAACAUGGACUUGUAUAUUUGUACAAAAAGAGAGUUUUAUUUUUCUAAAAAAAAGAAGAAAAAAGAGAAAAACUUCAAAGGAUAUUCUUACCACCGCACAGCACAGGUCCUGGCCCCAGACAGUACCACGGCAGAUCUGCCCUUAUUCUGUAAUCUUUGUGAACUUGGCUUGGGCGAACAAGGAAGGUCAUUGGAAUUCAAAGCCAACCCCUUUUAACUGCAGCUUGGUGGGGUUUAGGGAGAAAAUGAUCCAAAACUUGAUGAAAGGACCACAUUUAUUUAUUGUGCUUUCGAUUGCAUCAUCACGGAGUUAGUGGCCGGAGUUAGUGGCCGACCUGGUUGUGUCCCGUGACGUGUGACAGCCAGGUGUGCAAUGGUGUGGGGUAGAAAGUCACUACCUGUCAAGGUUUGUGUUGUUCUUCUGUAAAUGGUGUAGAUAGUGUAUUUUGCUGGUAAUUAUUUUGGUAUUUCUGAGAUGUAUAUUUAUUAAACAG